AUGCCACGAUCUGCUUCAAAAUCUCGUAAACGAAAAUAUCAAGGUAAUCAGUGGUCACAGGGUAAAAAGAUCAAGUGUGGCGAUAGUGAUUUAACCAGCACAGACCAAGGUUCGACUUCAACAAGUCAUGCUAGUGCCUCGGCAAGGAAGUUGAGUAACCGUCUAAAACCUACAGCUAAAGCUAAUACAAAGGUAGAUGGAUAUCGUAUCUUUAGUCUUGAAAUACUUUCUAACGUGUUGAAACAAGUUGCUUGUCAAAACUGUAACGAAAGUUGUUUGUAUUUGGAAGAAGAUAAUAAAAGAAGGCAAGGGUGCUCAUCAUAUCUUAGUAUUGUCUGCUCUAGUUGUGAUUGGAAGCACUGUUUCUAUACUUCAAAAAAACUAAAUAAAGGUUUUGAAGUUAAUAAAAGGCUUGUCUAUGGCAUGAGAUUAAUAGGACAAGGAAGAGCUUCUGCCAAACGUUUCUGUGGGAUAAUGAAUAUGCCUUCUCCACCUAAAGCAAAUGCCUACUCUAAGAACAACAAAGCCAUUCUUAAAGCAGUUAAAACUGUUGCUGAGGAGAGCAUGAUGGAUGCCAGUGAUGAAAUCCAUGCACUAAAAGGAAGCUAUGAUGCUGGAAUCUCUCAAUGUGGAGUUUCUUGUGAUGAAACGUGGCAGAGAAGAGGGCAUUCAUCAAUGAAUGGCUGUGUGACGACACCCGGCAAGUGCCUUGAUGUCGCAGUAUUAAGUAAAGUGUGCCAAGGGUGUCAAAGACACAAGAACAGUGAUGAUCCCAAGGAAAAAUUAGUUUGGGAAGCUGAGCACAAGGAUAAAUGCAAAGCCAAUUAUUCUGGUUCUUCUGCUUCAAUGGAAACCGUGGGAGUUAGGAAAAUAUUUGGCCGCAGUCAAGAAAAGUACAAACUACAGUAUACGGAAUAUUUCGGCGAUGGGGACAGCAAAGGUUUCAGUGAGGUUCAGGACAUAUACAGCAAAGAGAAUGUUCAAGUGGUGAAAAAAGAAUGUGUUGGGCAUGUCCAAAAGCGGGUAGGAACUGCCCUUCGAAAACUUAAGAAGGAGAAUAAGGGACUAGGAGGGAAAGGAAAGUUGACAAAUGCUUUGAUUGAUCGGCUUCAAAAUUACUAUGGCAUUGCAAUUCGAAGCAAUGUUGGUAAUCUGGAGGCAAUGAAAAAAGCUAUUCAAGCUAGCCUAAUGCAUUGCAUAGCCUCAAAGAGAAGAAAUCUGCAUAUGCUUUGUCCUGCUGGUGCUGAUAGCUGGUGUCGCUUUCAACAAGAUCGGGCCAAAGGAACAGCUUUGUACAAAACAGGGCCAGGGUUGCCAGAUGAAAUAAUUAGUUUGGUAAGAGCCAUUUAUGAGAGGCUAAGUAAUGAUGCUUUACUUGAAAGGUGCUUAGAUGGAAAAACUCAAAACCAGAAUGAGUCAUUGAAUGGAAUGAUUUGGAAUCGCCUUCCGAAAGAAGUGUUUAUCGGAUCGGAGGUGUUGAAGCUUGGUGUUUAUGAUGCUGUGGCCCACUUUAACAUUGGCUCCCAAGCUGCUCUUAAUGUACUAGAGCUUCUAGGGAUUGAUCCUGGAACGUUUUUGUGUUGCUGAAUUAGAGCAACAAGAUCACGAGCGUGUGGAUAAAGCAGAGUUCAAGGCACAGGAAGAAAACAAAAAGAAAAGAAAAAUCAGGCGAGCACAAAAGAAGAAGAAUGCGGACAAAUGUUCCCAGAAAGAGGAUGUAACGUAUGCUGCUGGUGGAUUUUAA